AUGUCCGCAGCUGGCUGUGGUCUAAUUACUCGCGACGAUAUAAUCGCACUAGAGGCACGCUGUUUGGAACAAAUUCGGGAAGAUGUGUUGUAUGCUGUGCGGAACGAUGCCAAGUUGCGGGCGGUAUUAACCUCGAAAAACUACGACGAUUUCAAAAACAUCGUCGAUGCAGCCCACCUAACACCGCUUAGUGCCAGCGACAAGAUGAACGCUAAAACAAAGAAUCGAAUCUGGAAUAGCGCUACGCGCGAUUAA